GUGGACGGUAGAGGGUGGCGAUCCUCGUUAGCCGUGUACCGUUAGCGCUUCAGAUGUGACUACAUUGGGCUGCAGUGCUGCCGCUGUGCCAAACAUGGAUGCGUGACAAGUUUGACUGGAUUGCCAUUUUUCCAUCCACUUGCGCUGCUCGUGACCCGCGCAUCAGUGAAUGUUUAUAAGAGCUGCUGUCCUUGACCGAGCCCUGGUGUGGAGUCUGUGCUGUUCUCUUCAAGUACAACUGAACAGCAGACGCCAUGAUCCGUCUGGAGGAGGAUAAUCGCGCACCCCCUGAAGACAGCAUGGACACCAAAAGGCACUCUGCUGAAAGGUGACCUCCAGAAACUUCACCUCCCCAAAACAUUUGAAUAUGCCAGGACAUAACAAUGAGCUCCAACAGCACAGACCCUGGUUUCUUCCUGACUGCCAACACCUCGCCACCAGCAGCCGGAGCCUUCCCACAAUCCAAUGCUCUCCACCAAGGAGGAACUGGAGGAGUCCCCUGGUUGGUUUCUCAUGAGAAUGAUAAUUCCUCUUCCACCAGCAAACUCUUAAACCUCACUUCAGAAUCCCAAAAUGGGAACAGAACUACGGUCCUUGAUCCAUUGGGUGGCCACCCUGUGUGGCAGGUGGUCCUCAUUGUCUUGCUGACAGGUAUGCUGUCACUGAUCACCAUCAUCGGCAACAUCCUGGUAGUGGUAUCCUUCAAGGUGAAUCGCCAGCUAAAGACGGUCAAUAACUACUUCCUGCUGAGCUUGGCUGUGGCUGACCUCAUCAUAGGGGUCAUCUCCAUGAACCUCUACACAGCUUAUCUUGUGAUGGGUUACUGGGCCAUGGGCAACUGGGCCUGCGACCUAUGGCUGGCUAUAGACUAUGUGGCCAGCAAUGCAUCAGUUAUGAACCUACUGGUCAUCAGCUUUGACCGCUACUUUUCAAUCACCAGGCCUUUGACCUACCGGGCCAAACGGACCACAAAGCGAGCUGGGAUUAUGAUUGGCCUCGCCUGGUUUGUUUCUCUUGUUCUGUGGGCCCCAGCCAUCCUGCUGUGGCAGUAUUUUGAAGGUCAAAGGACUGUACCUUCAGAUGAAUGCUACAUUCAGUUCCUCUCAGAACCCACUAUAACCUUUUGCACAGCCAUGGCAGCUUUCUACCUGCCUGUGACGAUAAUGAGUGUUCUCUACUGGCGCAUUUACAAGGAGACCCAGAACCGUUCAAAAGAGUUAGCUGGGCUGCAAGGUUCGGGGGGUCGUGGUGGAAUAGGAAGCAGAGGUGGGAAUGGUGGGGGUGAGAGAACUCGUUUUGUCCAUCAAACAGGAAGUUCUAGAAGUUGCAGCAGCUACGAGCUGACCAGGUUGUCCAAGAGGAAGAGCACAUGUCGGGAGUUGGUUGGCCGCUUCCACUGCUGGCCUGGAGUUCGUUCUUGGAGACCUGGUAGUACACGGCAAGGGGAGGGUGAUCCAGAUCAGAGCAGCAGCGACAGCUGGAACAACAAUGAUGCUGCAGUCUCGCUGGACCACUCUGGGUCCUCAGAGGAUGAGGACUGUGGGGGCAGAGAGAUGAUUUCCCAAAGUCAUACCAUUUUCUCCAUUGUUCUUAGCCUGCCUGGUAUAAAGGCUGCUGUCAACUCCCAGCUCACCUCAUGUGAAGAUCUGGAUGCAGCCUCAGAGGAGGAUCCCCUCAGGGGAGCUGAAUAUAACCGAGACAGUCUCUCAACAGUCACCACCAACACCACUGCCGCCACCACUCCUGAUGGAGCAAACAGUUCAGAAAAUAGCUACCACCAACGCUUCUGCUCACGCAAGAUUCAAUCAAUGCCUGUCAUCCAGGCUACAUCUAACCAGGGCUCUCUGGACGGUCCCCCAACAACUGCUACCACUGCCACUGACAGUACCACCACCAGCACAGCUACCAAAUCCCCUUCUGUCCCAAUGUCCUUCAAAGAGGCAGCUCUAGCAAAGCGUUUUGCAGCCCGAGCUCGGACUCAGAUCACCAAGAGGAAGCGCAUGUCCUUAGUGAAGGAGAAGAAGGCAGCUCAAACUCUCAGUGCCAUCCUCUUUGCUUUUAUCAUCACAUGGACACCUUACAACAUCAUGGUGCUGAUCAAUGCUUUCUGUAAAGGUUGCAUCCCGGAGACCCUGUGGGCAGUGGGAUAUUGGCUUUGCUAUGUCAACAGCACAGUCAACCCCAUGUGCUAUGCACUGUGCAACAAGACUUUCCGUACAACCUUUAAGAUGAUACUGUUGUGUCGCUGGGACCAGAAAAAAAGGAGGAAGCAGCAGUUUCAGCAGAGGCAGUCAGUGGUCUUCCACAGGAGGAUUCCCAGGGAGUCUACGUAAAGGACAGGAAAUUUGGUUGAUAUCAAAGAUUCAAAAGAUUUAACAUAGGACAAGGAAAAGGAAGAAGCAUCCAUGUUGUUGUUUCUGUGGAGUUUCUUUACUCGAUCCUUAAUGUGUUUAUCUGCUGGUAUGUCAAACACAGCAAUCCUAUGUGGUGGUCUUGAGGUGUGUGUUUGUGUCGGUGCAUUCAUUUAGCAAAGCUGUGUGUAUGCAUGAAGGGUUGUAUAAGAUAAGGUCCAGAAAUGAAAAGGUUUCCCUCUGACCUUGAAGAACCAUUUCACGCUAGUACAGCUGAGAGAAAAUGAACUGAGUGGAAACAACAGAAAAGGGCUUUCAAAUGCAUUGCAGGAGAAUUAUUGAAGUGCAAUUGACACAAGGGGAAUUGAUAUCUUUGUCACAGGGUUGGGGAUUCACAUUUCUUAUCAUUUCUCUUUAUGGGUAGCUAGAUCUGUUAUGUGCAGCGUGGUUUUGCAUUUCUAACAAAACUAUGUGUCUGUAAUAUGUCACUGAAAGCCAAGACAAAAACUAUUUUGUUUUCACAGGCUUCUGCAUUGUACUGAUUUGACCUGCCAUCCUCUUGACUGGCAUGUGUUUUUAUCAGAACUCCUGUACAUUGCCUUUCUACAUGGAUAUAGCUUUCCUGUGUCUGAUGGAGUACAAAAGGUUCUUAAACUGUGUCCUUAUUUUUCGUCAACAGAGAUGUUAUUUUUGUGAUAUUCAUCUUUGGUUUUCUAAAUAUUUCCGAGAUUUUGAGCCAGUCUGAAAAUGAUUCUUCUGAUGAACUGAGUUGUGAAUAUUCUGUGUGGCACCACAGUCAGUGAGCUGCUGUGUUCAAUGUGAUUGUUGUGGUUUUUAUGGUGGAGACAAUAAGUACAUUGGUUGUGUUUUAUGUACUUGCAGUUUUCUGUCAAGAGUAUUGAUUAUAUAAUAAUAAUAUUCUGUUUGUGUACAUUUGGAUAUUUCUGACUUGAUACACAAUGAUUGGUUGUACACAAAAGAUGUUCAUUUAUAAAGAUGUGUGUUUCUUUUAAAUUUCUACAAAAUAACACAUCUGAGGAUCUCUUUGUAAAAGGCCACCCAUCUUUGAUGUAGUAGAGCAAUGGCAGCCUCUAGUGGCUUGAGAAAGACUUGUUGCCCAGGCAUUGUUGGUCCAACUUCUUCAGUGCAGUAUCAAAAUUGCAUUCUGCUAAUAUGAAGACAAAGAUAAGAGUUUUUAUCAUUAUUGUGCAGCAGUUAUGCAUACUUUAAGCUGUUUGAUUUUAUAAAUUAGCUUAGAGUUAUAAAAUUUAAAUUGAAUUGUGUCAAAAUAUCUAUUUGACAUGUAAAAAAAGAAUGGCCACAGUACAAUAUUUAACUUUCUGUCAUCAUCUGGCUUUUUUAAAUUUUCAUUUCAUUUCAUAUGAUUUAUGGGUGAAGUAUUUUGUCUUUAAAAUUAUUAGUAAGACUUACAGCUAUUGAUUUGUAAAUAGAAUUGAUACCUGUCUUGGUCAACAGUACAUCAUGUUAUUCUGCAUAGAAAAAGUCAACAUAAAAAUUCCAGCUAAGGCAAGAAUUUGUUUUUAUUUUUAUUUGUAAUGCACAUUAUGUUAUUCUUAUCUUAAGUAGAUCUUUUUACAUUGUUGCUGCACCCAAAUCUUUUCAGUAUGAAUAUUGUGCAAAAGGUUUUGGAGGCAAAUGAUAAACUUUAUCAUGACAACUGGCACACUGCAGAACGUGUAGAUUGGAUUAUGUUGGAUGCAGUGGUCAUACAUGAAAGUUAUGACUUAUGUGCUGUAUGCAAUAGAGAUCUUUAAAAAAAUAUCCCAUGCCUGUCAACAGUGGAUAUUUUGUCUGCUUUCAACACAAUGUGCUCCAGUGUCAUAAUACACUCUUCAUCAAAAUAUGAGGUUUUUGUACUUAAGUAUUGGGAAUGUAAACUACCAAAAUGGUGAAUACAAACAUUUUGUUACAUUUCAAGUAUGCCAAUCAUACUCAUAUUUUAAGUCAAUAAACAAACAAAAAACGUUUUGACAGAAA